AUGUCCUUGCAACUGUACAACAAGAACUGUAUCACCAGAGACCAGCACUACACCUAUGGUACCGCUGGUUUCAGAGCUGACGCUCGCAUCCUGGACUCCGUGAUGUUCACAACGGGUGUCAUCGCUGCCCUGAGGUCCAUCUCUUGCCAGUGCGCGCCGGUGGGUGUCAUGAUCACUGCUUCCCACAACCCGCCUAGGGAUAACGGUGUCAAGAUCGUGGAGUCCGACGGGUCCAUGCUCUUGCAGGACUGGGAACCGCUGGCCACCAGGCUCGCGAACAGCGUCGCCGACUACCACACCUUCGAGUCCACUUUGAACGCGAUCAUGCAGGAGCUGAACAUCUCCCCUGGCCACGCACCACAGAUAGUGGUCGGCCACGACUCCCGUGAGUCCUCCCCGAGACUGCUGGCAAACUUGCUCGACGGUAUCAAGGCGGUGUCCCCAGAUGCGCGGAUCACCAACCAUGGCCUGCUGACCACGCCGCAGCUGCACUUCCUCACCGCGAACCCGGCACACUUCGAGGACUACUACUACCGCUACUUCCUAGACGCCUGGAACCAGCUGUUCGAGCUGUACGGAAUCGAGGGCUUCAAGUCCUUCGACAAACUCGUCAUCGACACGGCCAACGGUAUAGGUGGACCGCAGUUCCUGAAGAUGCUCUCUUACUCGCAGACAGACUUGCCACACUUGCAGAAGAUAAGGCUGCACCAGAUUGACAUCACCAACAACAGCUGGCUCAACCCUUCGAUGCUGAACAGCGGAUGCGGCGCUGACUUCGUCAAGACCAACCAGAGACUGCCUGAGGGUAUCAACGCCGACCCGCGCAACCUGUACUGCUCCUUCGACGGUGACGCCGACAGAGUGGUGUUCUACUACGUCGACGACUCCCUCACUUUCCAUUUGCUCGACGGUGACAAGAUAUCCACGCUGCUGGCCUACUUCAUCAACGCAUUGCUGAAAGAGGCUGGCCUGGCCGAGGAGCUGAAACUGGGCGUUGUGCAAACAGCCUACGCUAACGGCUCCUCCACCACAUACGUAACCAAGAAGCUGCAGGUCCCCGUCUCUAUCGCAAAAACCGGUGUUAAACACUUACACCACGAAGCUGUCACCAACUAUGACAUCGGUGUGUAUUUCGAGGCCAACGGUCACGGCACAGUUAUAUUCUCCCAACACUUCUACGAAGUGAUCGAGGACCGUCUCGCCAAGAACGCACACGACAAGAGCACCCUGACAUUGAGACUGCUGUCCAGAUUGAUCAACCAAACUAUCGGAGACGCUAUCAGCGACAUGCUGGCCAUCAUCACCGUGCUAGGCAUCCUGGGCUGGUCUCCAGCUACUUGGGACCACGAAUAUACUGAUCUGCCAAACAAGUUGACCAAAGUGGUUGUACCAGACAGAUCCAUCUUCAUCACAACUGAUCAAGAGAGAAGAUUGGUGUCACCAGCUGGGCUACAGGACAAGAUCGACAUGCUAGUCGCAGAUGCUCCCUGUGGUAGAUCGUUCAUCAGAGCUAGUGGUACCGAAGAUGCUGUUAGAGUCUACGCAGAAGCUCAGACCGUGGAGGCCACAGAAAAGCUUUCUACAGAAGUGACAGAUGCCCUUAUAGAGACUGUCAAAGAGUAG